CAUUCCGGCAAAGCGUGUCCCCACGUAAAUGACAAAUGCUAUAAGUGCAACAAAAGGGGACACCUACAACGAGUUUGCCGUAGCACCUCCAGCACGUCGCGAGGGAAACGCCCCCUCAAAGACACUGUAAAAACGUUAUCGGUAGUAUCCCGCUCGGAAGUGGUAUCCGUAAAGGGCGUAUCUGCUCCCAGUAUUGAGCCCAUCAUGGUACCGAUGAAAGUAAAUGAUGUGACAGUCCAUAUGGAGCUAGAUACAGGUGCCGCCGUCACAGUCAUGCCUUUCAAACAACACCGCCAAUUUCUUUCAUCAGCCAGGCUCAACCCGACAGAAGUGAAGCUCCGCACCUAUACAGGAGCCCUGGUGAUCCCAAAAGGCGUCCUGCAAGUCAAGGUGCAGCACGGUGGCAACACGGCGAGCCUUCCUUUAUACGUCGUCGACCAGGAGGGGCCGCCGUUGCUGGGUCGGGAAUGGCUUCAGGCAAUUAGGCUGGAGUGGAGCAAAAUCUGGAACGUCCACCAGCUGCCAAGAUGCAACGAACUGACGGUGCAUCAGGGAUGCGUCAUGCUGGGCGCAAGAGUAGUCGUGCCUGCAAAGCUACAAGGGUUCGUUCUGGACGAACUCCAUGACGGCCAUCCCGGCAUCGUACGCAGCAAAGAACUAGCACGCAGCUACGUGUGGUGGCCAACUCUUGAGGCGGACCUCGAACUUCGCAUCAGAAGCUGCGCUAGUUGUCAAGAGCAACGUAACGCUCCAAUCAACGCACCUCUUCACCCGUGGUCAUGGCCGACUUCACCGUGGCAGCGUGUUCACGUAGACUUUGCGGGACCUUUUCAGAAUACCAUGCUUUUAGUGGUGGUCGACGCACAUUCUAAAUGGCCAGAGGUUUUCGAAAUGAGAUCGACAACUACAGAAAGCACGAUUCGUUGUUUGACUGAGCUCUUCGCACGUUUUGGUUACCCUGAAACAAUUGUUUCCGAUAAUGGACCUCAGUUUGCUUCGCAGGAGUUCAAGCACUUCGUGCAGGCAAUGGGAGCGCGCCACGUCCUCACGGCUCCCUACCACCCCAGCUCCAAUGGGUUGGCAGAGCGUUUCAUCCAGACCUUAAAGAAUGCGCUGCGCAAAGACGGCACAGGAGGAACAUUGCAGGUAAAGCUGCAUAAAUUUUUGCUGUCGUAUCGCAACACGCCACAUGCGACGACUCGUGAAUCACCGGCGGCAUUGCUCCUAGGACGACGCUUACGCAGUCGGCUAGAUGCCGUAAAGCCUUCCGUGGGGGAAAGAGUAGCACACAGACAGUGCACUCAGGCAUUAAGUCGUCCGUGUUGCGAACGUCACUUCUUGGUAGGCGACAGCGUGUUAGCACGUAAUUAUUCGGGAAAACCAAAGUGGACUCCCGCUGUGAUUGUUGCUCAAACAGGACCUGUCUCUUUCCAAGUACGUGCAACCACCCCGAGGGGCACAUUCACCUGGCGUCGGCACCAGGAUCAGCUGUUACAGAGGCCUGCAGAGGACGUUACCCCUAGGCAUGGAACAGCUGGCGAAGUUACGACCAGCGAGUUCCUGUUUUAUCCUGAGACUGCAGGCGCACCAGUUCCUUCCAGUCCUCAACCGCCCAUGGUAACUCCGGUUGCGCAACAGGCAACACCAGCACCCGCCGAGUUCCGGGUGAACUACGUUUAUUAA